AUGCGGGUGCCAGUGCUCCGAGCACCACAGAUUCUCGGUUGCUUCGCCCUUUGCCUGCUUACGCAGGUCAUCGAUCUCAAGGACAUGGACCCACAUGUGCUCGGCAUGAUGAGGAAGGAAGUGCAGAUCCUUUCUGCUUUAGACCACCCCAACAUCGUUCGGCUCUACGAGUUCGCAGAGGACGAAAAGCGACAAGAGCUGGUCCUGAUCCUGGAGUACGUCCCUGGUGGUGACUGCAUAGACCUCCUCGAGGAGAGGGAUCGCCUGCUUCCAGAAGAGUUGGCAGCGAGGAUCGUCCACCAGCUUUUGGUUGUGUUGAACUAUUGCCACAGCAGUGGCAUCACACACCGCGAUGUGAAGCCGGAGAACGUUAUGCUCUCCAGCUUGGACGACGAUGCCACGUGCAAGGUGAUUGACUUCGGCCUGGCAACACCCUACAAGGGCAAAGUGAAGGAGUUCGCGGGGACGGUGUCGUAUUUGGCUCCGGAGCUGGCAAUCGCACAGGCUGGCUUCUCCAUGGCUGCCGACAUCUGGGCUGUGGGCGUGACAGCUUUUGAGCUCUUGGCAGGUCGGGAGCCCUGGGACUGA